AUGUCACCGGAGAUUUGUUUCAUCUACUAUCUGAUCACAAAGAAAAAAGCCAGCCAGAAACCCACGUAUGUCAACCUAAGACAGAGUCUGGAAGACAUGAAAUCUCACUGCUUAGAAAAUGGUGUCAAUAGGAUAUCAAUACCUCGAAUUGGCUGUGGCCUGGACCAGCUGCUGUGGUCAAAGGUGUCAAAGAUCCUGGAACAGAUCUUUAAAGAGACAAAUAUCUCCAUCACAGUGUACAGCCUGCCCUGUGUUGGGUCAAAGCUUCAAAUGCAUGCCGUGUAG